CGCUUUUGAAUGACAUCUUAAAACUGCAUCGCAUAUCGUGUACCCUGCAGCAGUACAUUCUUCGUUGAUGUAUUGCUCUGAUCUUGGCAUCGCGCUAUAGAUCUGGACUCCGGAAGAUUAUGAAUUGGUUUUAUUGGUUAACGAUAUGGGGUGCAUUCCUCCAGGCGGGGAUAUCGCAUGCCCUCGACCUGAGCAUUGACGAUGAUGAUUCCAUCAAAAGCGCCGCCGGACAGGCCGCACAUGGAAUGUUCAUGUGGUAUGCCGGUAACGAGACCGGUCAGAAUCCUGGUGCAUUCCCCGAGAAAUGGUGGGAAGGUUCAGCCCUAUUCAUGGCCGCGCUGCAAUAUUGGAAGUACACCGGCGACACGACGUACAAUUCCGAGACCAGUCAGGGAUUGGAGCAUCAGUCUGGUGACGGGGGAGAUUACAUGCCGUCUAACUACAGUACCUACCUGGGAAAUGAUGAUCAGGGCUUCUGGGGUCUGACCGCGAUGCUUGCGGCAGAGCUGCAAUUCCCCGAUGUCAAAGAUGGAUUUUCGUGGUUGUCUCUGGCGCAGGGUGUCUUCAACACGCAGAUUGACCGAUGGGAUACGUCGUCGUGCGAUGGUGGAUUGCGGUGGCAGCUUUUCACCUACCAAGCCGGUUAUGCGAUGAAGAACACAAUCUCGAACGGUGUUUUGUUCCAACUCUCAGCCCGACUUGCUCGCUACACGAAUAACCAGACGUACGCCGACUGGGCGGAGAAGAUUUAUGAUUGGAUGGGAUCGACUCCUUUGCUCAACGAAGACACAUGGCAUAUCGCUGAUUCCGUCGAUAUCGAUGACAACUGCAAGAGUCCCGGUAACAACCAGUGGUCCUACAAUUAUGGCACCUUCAUCAUGGGUUCUGCAUACAUGUACAACUAUACCAGUGACGACAAAUGGUUGAAGCGGGUCAACGGUUUCUUGGGAACAACCUUCAGCACAUUCUUCCCCAAGAAGCUCGGCGGCAACACUAUGCAAGAACCUUGCGAACCGAUGGAAGCGUGCAACAGUAACGAAAUCCUAUUCAAGGGUCUUGUUACCUCCUGGCUCGCCUAUACCGCUCUUUUCAUCCCAUCUACCAAGGACAAGAUCCAACCGAAACUCAAGGCAUCCGCCGAAGCCGCGGCCGACUCGUGCGUUGGUAUGGGUAACAACACCUGCGGUGUGAGAUGGUACCAGCACAAGUGGGACGGAUGGAACGGAAUGGAAGAGCAGAUCAUCGCUACGAAUGUGUUCAUGUCCAAUCUGAUCAUCGGGUCCAGUGACAAGGGCCCCGUCACCUCUGACACUGGUGGUGACAGUAAGAGUAACCCGGAUGCUGGUUCGAGCGGUGGCGGUGAUAACAGCGGCCAGUCGUUCAAGGAGAUUACUACGGGUGAUAAGGCUGGUGCUGGUAUUUUGACGGCGCUGUUUGUUGGCGUGUGGGUUGGUAUGGUUGCAUUUAUGAUUACGGGUGCUGGUUGAUCUGUUUCUUCUUCUUGAUUUGCCUGUAUUUUCUUUGAUGCCUCUUUGUCAAGGCCGGAUGCGUCGUGUUAUAUAUAGCCUUGUUUGUACAGUUUAUUUUUUCGGUCUUGAUCGGUUCUUGUCUGGGUAUACUGAGUGUUGUCUGUUUUGCUUCUGUCAACCUUUUCUUCUUCUCGGAGUAGAUUUGGAGGUGUUUGUGAAUGUACAUAUUCUGCUAAUACCAUCACAAGAAGGGCUUGAUUCUGAUAUUUGCUGGUGGAUAUCCGAUGCAGUGAAUGGCCC